CAUUAUGUACGCAACGCCAUUAAUUUUUUUCCAGAUUUCCCGUAAAUGGAUCAACAUUUCCGCUGUUUCUCACAGCCAUCUACUCACUUAAAGCAGCAGCAGGUCCAACUCUCUCCCUCUUUCCAGCCAACCACCGCAUAAUAUAAUUUGCAAAACGCGUCGGAACGCCUAAAUUAAAUGGGGAACUGUGCCUUUGCCGGCGGCGACGGCCCUUCUUCGCCGACGAUCAAAGUAGUCACGCCCGACGGCGGUGUGAUGGAGCUCGACGCCCCGGUGACCGCCGAACUCAUCACCGCCGCCUUUCCCGGCUACGCCAUCUUCCCAAACCGCGACCUUUCCUCAUCUCCUCUGCUCCACACCGACAAUCUCGCAGCCGGCGAGCUGUACAACUUACUUCCGUUGACCACCCGCGCUGCUAGUAUUACUCUUCUACCCUCCGUAACUGCGCCGUAUCGUGUAUCUUUUGACCGCCACGCCGCUCUCUUCUCCCGGCGGCUGAAGACGGAGGCCUACUCUCCGGCGAUGGCUGCGGGGGUGUGGAAGGUGAAGCUGGCGAUAAGCAGGGCGGAGCUGGCGGAGAUAUUGGGCGAGGAAACGAGGACGGAGGCGCUUAUAGAGAGCGUGAGGGCGAUGACGAUGUGUGCCGCCGGUGGAUCGUCGGGUUCAACGGCGACGGCGUCGGAUCUGCAGAGCUUCUCGAGCAGCCGGAAGACUUCGUCGGAGAAUCUUGGUUUUAGCUGUUCGGCCGGAAGAUUUCGCCGGAGAAUGUGGGGUCCGGAUAGUGAUGUGGAAGAUUGAUUUUCCCCACCUAAGAUAAUUUGUUUA